UAUCAAUCAGAAACAGCUUGGAAAUCAGUCGUAUGAAUCUUGACUCGAAUUAUCAGCCAACAAUGUUAACUGAAUAUCAAGCAAGUAUUGAAAUUUGUGGAUUUCAUAAUGCAUUACCUAAAAACAUAAAUCCUAAAAUUAAAAAAUCUAAUUGGUCCAACCCGCCAUCAAUUCAAUUAUCGGAUGAAUCUUUAAAACAACCAAAUGUGUCUGUUUUAAAUCAAUCCUCUUCGUCACCUUCACCGGUUCCUUUAAUUAAUGAAGAAUCAAUCAAUUAUCCUCCAAUGAGUAAUUUGAAUAAUGACAAUUGGUAUAAAUUUUAUGGCCAAGUCUAUUCAAACGACCAACAAGAUUCUUUAUUAACUCCAUUGAACCAAACGGCUAGUUUAAAUAGUUUAAAUCUUGGUCCUGUCAAUUCCAAUCUUAAUCCAAAUCUAACCAAUCUCAAUCCACCAAAAUUAAGAUUUCCUUAUGACGAUCAAAUUUAUACCCAAAACUCUCCAAUUGACGAAAGUCUCUAUUCAUAUUCUUCUCCUCAAAUUACCAAAAAUACCUUAAGCACCAUGUGGAGUGAUCAUCAUAGUGGACCCGGAACUCCCAAUAGUGUCCAUAAUAAUUUGGCGGCUCCUACAAGUGCACCAGCAGCCCCUACAAAUAAUCCUUUAUUCGGCCAAUCCUUAAACCCUGGUGAAUUAACCAAUGAUUACCCUUUGGAUUAUCUGUUAUGGAAUAACGGUAAUAACAACGAUAUCAAUUCCAGCUCUUUAUGGAGAACAGAAAAUUCCUUCAACGGAAUGGGGUCUGGUGGUACGACAUUGCUAGGUGCAAACAAUAACCCUCCUACAAUGAAUAACGUCAACUUGAAUGUUAACUUGAAUAAUUUGAAUAAUAAUUUUUUAAAUAACCAAAACCUCUUGGGUAACCAGUUUGGUCUUGGUGGUAUUCAAUUAAGUCCUAGUCUCAGCUACGGACAGCAACAAGAAGAGGAGCAAAACAACCCCAGACUCUUCUAGCAUAUAUGAUUUUCAAUACAUAUUUAAAUAGUUCAUCUUCGUAGAAGGCAUUUUAUAUACGGC